AUGAAAAUCAAAGCAAACAUAUCAAGUAACAUUUUCAAAAAAAUCAUAUAUAUUAUUUUAAUUUCGCUAAUAUUAUUAAGCAAUUACAGAUGUAAUUCUGUAACAUUCAAAAGGGAAGAAAAUAGUGGUGGAGGAUCUCGAUGGGUAUUUUGGACUUAUGAGAAUGGAGAACGACAGUGUGCUUACCUUUGUCUUCUUUGCGUAAUCAUUUUAAUCAUAGUAUUAAUAAUUUGUAUUUUCUGUAUUUGGUAUUGGUUUUGUCGUUCUAAAACGAGUACCAUAUAUGAAAGAGGUUCUAAGGCUCCACUAUUUAUGUCGAAAAUACCUCAAAUACAGAUUGAUUACGUUGAAGGAGACUCGAAUAUAACACGAAUCGAUAAACAAUAUGAAGAAGCAGAAAAGUUUAUACGAGAAUUUCCACCACAAGAAGAGUUACCUCCUCUUGAACAUUUUGACUUUAUACAAAGCGUUGGAGGUGCAAAAGCAUGGCAGUGGAUCGCUGAAGAACGGAUGAUUGCAGAUCAAAUAAUUGCGAUCAUUGGCGAAGGCAAAAUCAUAAAAUUUUUGAAAAAUAUGAACUUUAGUAUACAAACUAAUUAUCCAUGUUUUGUGCCUGUCAUUGGAAGUGAGGGCAUAAACACACAAGAAGAUGGUCAAGUUAGUUUUUCUGAGGAAAUGUUUGAACAACCUCAAAGUAUGCCGCAUAUAAUGGGACAAAUUCUGCAUUACUAUGAAAUUACUAUUUUGGAGAAUAGAAAUCCUUCUGAUACUAAUAUUUCUAUUGGUUUGGCUACCCAACCUUAUCCCUCUUUUAGAUUACCUGGUUCGAAUAUAUAUUCUGUUGGUUAUCACUCUAUUAAUGGUUGCAAAUAUAACAAUAAUAAUACUGCAAUGAGUUAUGGUCCUGAUUGGACGGAAGUUGGAGAUACAGUUGGUUGCGGUUAUAAUCCAACCGUUGGUCAUGUUUUUUUUACCAAGAAUGGUGAAUUCUUGGGAAAUGCUUUUACUGACAUAAGACAUAUUUGGUUUCCUACUAUUGGCGCGAGUGGUCCAUGUGUCAUCAAGACUAAUUUUGGUGAUGAUCCCGAAAGAGCGUUUUUAUAUAAAGAAGCUAGAGGAUAUGGUCCCGGUGGGCCCAUUUUAUUAAGCAAGCAAAGGGGUUUAUCUAAACAUCGAACAUAG